AUGGCUACAAACCUAACGACAGUCAACGGUGCUCCUCUGCCGCCUGGAAUUACCUACUUCGCUCGUAUCAGCGACACAGAUCAUGCUGGCUAUGUCUGGAUUGUCGCGUUACUGUCCUUGAUAUAUCCAUUUGGCACCUUGCUUGUACGACUGAAGGUCAGAUGGGGUCUUUAUGGUUCUGAUGAUUGGGUGCUGCUGCUGGCGACAUUUAUGGCAGCUUGUCAGCAUAUUCCUAUUUUCGUUGGCCUGAAGGCAGGGUUCGGCCAGUCAAGCAGAAUACUCCAGCAGGACCAGAUACUGAAGAUCGACCAAACUGUCUACGCAGCUGAAAUCAUGUUCGUCCUGGCAUACACGCUCUCCAAAGUGUCGCUAGCACUGUUCGUGAGGCGUCUCUUCACUCACAACACAAGACUCAAUGCUGUACUGUGCUGGUCGUUGUUGGGCAUCACAAUUGCGUGGAGUGUGGUUGCUCUGUUCGUUCUUUUGGUUAAUUGCUCGCCAUACCACUACUUCUCUCAGGCAACGAAGUGUGCAUCUUACAUGGCUCGAUGGCGAGCCAUAACAAUAUUCGAUAUCGUCACAGAAGCCGCUCUCAUGAUCGUCCCUUCCUACCUAGUAUCGGGUGUUCUGAUAGGCUCGCGACCGAAGAUGCUUGUCAUGACUGCUUUCGCAUUCAGACUCGCGGUGAUAGCAUUCUCCGCUAUGCACAUGAGACGACUCUCACAGACGGUCCAUGCCGCAGACAAGGGCUUUUCCUUCAUACCGCCAGCCAUCUAUAUCCAGAUAUGGUUGGCAUGGUCGCUGGUCAGCGCCUCGAUACCCUCGUUUCGAUCGUUCAUGAGCCCUUUCGACAACAUCACUGUCGCAAAGACGGACGACUCGCACAGUGCUUCGCGUAACGAGGUCAAUGGCGCAUAUCUUCUGAUGGGUCCAAUCAAAUCUCAUCAACGACAUCAUAUCACGCCAGCGCGAUCGCCAUCGCAAGGGCUCAGCUUCAACUCAAAGCUAGGCACAAGGACGUCAGUCCAUCACGAACAGCGGGAUGAGAACCAGUCAAUCAGCUCUCAGACAGGCAUCAUACGCAAGGAUGUCGAAUGGGAAAUUUCACACGAUAUCGAGCCGCUAUAA